UCCUCCUGAAGGGUCUCCAGGAGCUCAUGGCGUCCUCGCAGACGGCAUCCGGACCGGGCAGUCCGUCGUCCUCCUCGAUCCAGAUCCGACUCACCCGGUUGGAGGAGAGCAGCGGAAGUCCCGCCCCCAGCUCUGUGGCGGCGCUGCAGAUUCCCGUACAGAUCCCGCUGCAGAUCACACACCUGGCUUCAGAUUCUUCAGCAGCAGCCAGCGACAGUGAAACCAUCACUUUGAACACAGGAGCCCUGCAGACCUUCGAGAUCCUCCCCUCGUUCCACCUGCAGCCCACCGGCACCCCGGGGACCUACUACCUCCAGACGACGUCCAAUCAGGGCCUUCCGCUCAGCCUCUCCACCAGUCAGGGCCUUCCGCUCAGCUUAGCCAAUAACAGCACGGUUACCCUGACGACGGGCUCCUCCCCCUCAUCGCAUGAACACAUCAUCCUUCACAGCCUGUCGACGGACGGCCUCUGCUCGAGCGACGGCGUCAUCAUCCAGACCGUCACCUCUGACUCCACCUCAUCAGAUCCUCUCAGCCAAUCACAGCUGGUUGUGGAGGCAGAGGGGCGGAGCCAAGACGAACGCCUCGAUGCCACGAGUCUCCUGGAGGGAUCAGAGAGCGUCGUCACGGAAACUCAAGAGCCAAUGACAGACGGCUUCACUGACACGGACAAGGUUUUUUUUUCCCCU